AUGUCAUUCACACUGCAGUUUUGCCUGCGUAUAACUGGUGAUGUCACAUAUGACCUCAGACAAUUAGAAUCUAAUCUCUAGUGGAAAUUCCAGUAGGCACCAUUAGAAUCUAUCAACUGGUCUCUGGCUUCAGUUAGAGGAACAGGAACCCCAGGCUUGGGAGGUGCCUGGAUCCAGUCUCUCAUGUUCCGUGCUGUGCUUCUUAGCCAGGUGUCAGCCCGAAUGCUGCCACUUCUGGCUGCUGUGCUAUUUAAGAAGAAAGAUACUGAGUUCUCUGACAGCCAGCAUGAGAAGCACCCGUACUACAAUCUCACGGUGAAAGUCCUCAGAGCUAGAAACAUUCACAGCACAGAUCUGUUGUCCAAGGCAGACUGUUAUGUGGCAUUGGAUCUUCCAACUGCAUCUCCAGUCACAUCUCGAACACAGGUUGUUUAUAAUUCCAGUGAUCCAGAGUGGAAUGAAACCUUUGAAUACAGGAUCCACAGUGCUGUGAAGAAUAUCCUGGAGUUCACCUUCUAUGACAAAGGCAUUGUGCUGAGGAGUCAUGCUGCCUCCAUUCAUUUUGAUGUGGAGAAUAUUAACCCAGGGCAGACUUUGAACCACACAUUUGUGCUAAAUCCCCAGGAAAAGGAGAGGAAAGAAGAGUUGGAUGUGGAAUUUUCCCUGGAAGAAAGCACAACUCCCCCCACUGAGUCCAUCACCAAUGGAGUUCUAGUGGCUCAUCCCUGCCUGUGUGUUCAAGGUUCCAUCAAUAAAAAUGAGAAGACCAAAUGGAUAAUACAGGAGAACUGUCAAGUCAAGUUGUCUGUGCCAGGGGCCUUUGAGAAUCGGUCAUCCACUUUCUGCAGUGCUGAUUCAGAAGAGAGAAGGAAGAUCCCAUUUCUCUUCCACGUAGACCGAGAAAUCUGCCCAGAGCUGCACUUGGAGCUUCUGCAAACAACAACUGUCCUAGAGGAGGGAUGGAGUGAGGAUCUGGAAAUGCACACUGCACGCUUAGGGACGGGAGCAGUCCCUCUUGCAACACUUCCUCUUGGACAGGAAGUUGAAAUUAGCAUUCCACUAGGAAAGGGGCAAGGUGUGGAUCUGACUGUGAAGGUUGAAGAGAGUUCUCAGGAUCUUGAUGUGCGCAUCAGUUUUGACCUCAGUAGAGGAGAGAGAGAAUUUUUGGACAUGAGGAAGACAAUAGUUUCUCAUGCCCUAAAGAAGACACUUGAUUUGCCAGAGGAACCCAAGAAAGAUGAGAUCCCUGUAGUGGCAGUAGUGGGAUCAGGAGGUGGGAUGAGAGCCAUGACUGCUUUCUAUGGCAAUCUGUCAGGACUCCAGCAGCUUGACCUCUUGGAUAUCCUGAUGUAUAUGUGUGGAGUCUCAGGAUCCACCUGGUGUUUGUCUAAACUCUACGAAGACCCUCACUGGUCCCACAAAGACCUUCAAGAUGCAAUUAGCGUUGCUCGGAAACUUGUGACCAGCAGCAAAGUGGGGGCAUUUUCUGCUGAACGACUGAUGUAUUAUUUCCAGCAGCUGAUCUUGUUGGAGAAAGAAGGACGGAAAGUCACACUCACAGAUUUGUGGGGCCUUAUCAUAGAAUAUUUCUUACAACAGAAGCAGGAUCCAUCGAAGUUGUCUGACCAGCAGUCAGCAGUCAGGUGGGGACAGAACCCCUUCCCCAUCUAUGCAGCUGUCAAUGUGAAGCCCCAUGUCAGUAGCCAUGAAUUUACAGAGUGGUGUGAGUUCACACCCUAUGAGUUUGGUACUCACAAGUAUGGAGCCUUUAUCCGCAUAGAAGACUUUGGCAGUGAAUUCUUCAAUGGGCUGCUACUUGGGAAACGUCUGGAGCCCAGAAUUUGUUUUCUGCAAGGAAUAUGGGCCAGUGCCUUUGCUGCCAAUCUAGAUGAAGUCUGGGAAGAGGUGAUUUCUUCAAAAGUUGGAUUUCUAGAAUCUCUGAAAGAUGCCAUCAAAGCUAUAGAUGAGGCUCGUGGACGCCAGACUCUGGACCCUUUACAGUUAGAAAAGCGAAUGGUCAUGCCAGGUGGAGCUUUCUCACAUUUAUUUCAAGAUUUAUUUAAGUCUCGCUUCUCUGCUGGGGAAAACAUUAACUUCAUGCGUGGACUGUACCUUCACAGGGACUACGUCAAUGCCAAGGAGUUUGUGGCCUGGAAAGGCACUCACCAGGAUGCCUUUCCCAACCACCUAACUCCAAUGGAACAAAACCUGUACUUGAUAGAUGGGGUUUUCUCUAUCAAUUCUCCCUUUCCUUUGGUGCUUCAGCCAGAGAGAGAUGUAGAUGUCAUCUUGUCAUUCAACUACUCUUGGGAAGCUCCAUUUGAGGUGCUGCAUCAGGCCCAGAAGUAUUGUGAAGAACGGGAAAUCCCCUUUCCACACAUUGUUGUGAGUGAAACAGAUAAGCAGAAGCCCAAGGAAUGUUAUAUGUUCGUGGAUAAUCUCAAUCCUAAAGUUCCCAUAGUGCUUCACUUUCCAUUGGUGAACAACACAUUCCAGAAAUACAAGGCACCAGGAGUCAAGCGUGAGACGGAAGAUGAGAAAUCAUUUGGCAACUUCCCUGUUGAAGGGGAAAAAUCUCCUUACCAUUCUAUGAACUUCACAUAUCAACCUAAUGAAUUUGAUAGGCUGCUGGAGUUAAGCCGCUACAAUAUUAUGAACAAUAAGGAAGCUAUUUUAAAAGCCCUUGCUUUGGGCAUGAAAAGAAGGGUGCUCAAGAAUGCCAAAAGGAAAUAA